UAUAUAUAUAUAUAUAUAUAUAUAUAUAUAUAUAUAUAUAUAUAUAUAUAUAUAUACUGUGUAUAUAUUUCGAUACAGUAUUCAUGGCUUCUUAUGGAAAUUCAUGAUAAUGUUUAACAUAUCGUGUUUAAAAUAGACAAAAGUGUACACAUGAGAGAAAGAUUGAUAUAAAGAAAGGAGUGAUAAUUAUGAUUGGAAAAAUAAAUAUUCAUGUUAUAUAUACAGAAAUAUAUUAGAACUAAAGAGGAAACAAAAGAACAUCGCAAUUAGGAAGAAAGGGAAACGGAAUCGACAAAAUGGCGGGAAAUUUGACGUCAGUUUCGUUACGAAAAAUGUUUGUAUUUUUCGCUUUGUCUAUUUUGCUCAGAGUUACUACGGGAAGAGACAUCUCCGGCCCCCAGGAAGCCUGCACGCCCGCGACCGGCUGUCUGGAGGGCUGGGAGGCGCCGAGGCCGGAGUGCGUGGAUUUCAGGUGCCAAUGUCCCGACGGCACUUGCACUGUCAUCACCCGGACGGUUGGCAGCGCCCAUUAUAGCUAUUACUGUGGGACUUGCGGCACCAUGGGGUCUGCGUGUGCCAAUUCCUCUGCCGAGUGCCAAGGGGGUGCCAGAUGUAGUGGCGGGUAUUGCAUGUGUGACGGAGGAAAUAUUUACAGGGAGGUGUGCGUGAGAGAAGUUCCAGUUCCGACUUCGACCAACAGCCUCGUCCUUAUACUCGUCCUCGUCUUCCUCCUCGUCCUCAAUAAACUCAUCUCCUCACGAGACACCUUGAAGAAAUGUUUUUGUCGCUACAGAUCCAGCGAAGAAGAGGAGACGACGGUCGUCGGCUUCAACCCUCAGAGCUCAGAGAAAUCGGCGGCUUUCACCAUCACCAAUUCGGAAUUCAUGGCUGUGUCCAACGACCCUGACUUGGACUGGGCGCUCGAACUCUCCCGCCAGUUCUCGAGGCGCGGCGAGGACUGGAUCACCCUCGGCGAGUCCACGUGGUCCUCCAGCUGGUCCUCGGGGGCGUCGGAAGUCGACCUCGAGAUGCUGAGGGUGAGGUUGGGGUCGCGUUCGAGGACGAGGGAGGUGGAGGAGGAGGAGGAGGAGGUUCUUGGAGGAGCCACGGCGUCGAGUUCCAGGAGGUGGAGUGCGAGUGCGAACGCCGCCGCGCCCUCGUCAAGGUCGACCUCCAGGCUGAGAGGGGCGCCGAGGUCCUCAAGGUCAUCCUCGUCCUCAGGGUCGUCGUCUCGGCCUCUCCCUCCUCGCCUGACCUCCACGCCUUCGUCCUUGAGGCCUUCUCUACCUCCUUCAUCGCCUUCUUCGUCUGCUAUUCCAUAUUCCUCUCCUCCUUCUCCUUCUCCUUCGCGUUCUUCUUCGUCUCCUCCUUCGCUUUCUCCGUCUUCAGCUUCUUAUCCACCUCCUUCUUCCCUUCCUUCGUCAUCCUCUCCUCCACCCUCUCCUUCCUCUUCCUCCUCCUCCUCUUCCUCCUCCUCGUUCCGUUCCUGCCGUUCCGACGCGACCUCCGGCUCAGGAACAGCUGGAGAUCGUGAGGCGCGUUCUGUGUCCCGGUGUUCCUCGCGUUCCUCGUCCACGUCUGCCGCUGGAGUGUGAGGGGAGGUGGAGCAGGUGGAACAGGUGGUACAGGUGGAAUAUGUGGAGCAGGUGGAACAGUUGGAGCAGGUGGAAUAUGUGGUACAGGUGGAACAGGUGGAACAGAUGGUGCAAGUGGAGCAGGUGGAACAGAUGGUACAGGUGGAACAGGUGGAACAGGUAGAACGGGUGGAACAAGUGGUAAAUGUGGAACGGCAAAAAUAUGAAAUAAAUGUGGAUAAGGAAAAUGAAGGUGAUAAUAACAAAAAAGAAAUAUCUAUUGAAGAUGAACAAGGAACAAGGAAAAUAAAGAAUGAUUUUAGCAUGAUUUGGUGGAACUACAGAAAAAUAUAUAUAAUAAAGAUGGAUAAAAAAACACAGAGAAAAAUAAAUGUUGGCCUUAUCAACAGCAAACACUAAGGUUAAGAUUAAUUUUUAAAAAUAACGAAAAAACAGGAGUACAGUAGUCUGGUGGAACCGCAAGAAUGUGUAAUAAAGAUAAAGUCUGUUUUA